AUGAGUGAACUUAUCAAUGAAGCUCCAAAAGAGCAAGUCCUUAAGUACAUCAAGGAUUAUCUAGACAAUAUUGGUUUCAAGAACGCCGCAGAGGCUGUCGAAAAACAGGCCAAGAAGGAAAAGUUGAACUUGGAGUGUGCUAUCGAAGAUGGCGAGUAUAAAUUGGAACAGAUUGUCGGAAAUUGGAACAUUCUUGUCAGCAAUGUCAGUGAUAUGGAGAUUGAUGACGAUUCUGAGUCAAGUGGAAACGAAAGCGACAGUGAAAGUUCCGGUAGUUCUGACAGUUCUGACAGCUCCAGCUCUGAUUCUGAUUCUGAUUCUGAUUCUGAUUCUGAUUCUAGUUCUUCUUCUGAUUCUUCUUCUUCUUCUGAAUCUGAGUCUGAAUCUGAAGAGGAAGAUGACAAGGAGGGGAAACAGGAGGAUACAAAGGAUGACAAAAAAGAAGAAAAGAAGGAAGAGAUCAAGGAAAGUUCCAGCUCGAGUUCCAGUUCCAGUGAGAGCUCUUCUUCAAGCUCUUCAGACAGUUCGUCAGCCAGUUCUUCAGAUACCUCUUCAGAUUCAUCUGAAAGUUCUUCAGAUAGCUCAGAUUCAGAUGAUGAAAUAAAGGAUGAAAAGGUCGAACUGCUAGCAGAAAAGAAGGAGGAGAAAGAAGGAAAGAAAAUAGAGAAGAAGGAUAAAGUUGAAGAGAAGUCAAGUGAACAAUCUAGCCCAAGCGAGUCAGGCUCCAGUGACAGUUCAUCAGAUAGCACUUCCGAUUCUGAAUCAGAUUCAGAGUCUAGUUCGUCUGAUAGCAGCAGCUCAUCCAGCUCAUCCAGCUCAUCGAGCUCUUCAGAGUCCAGUUCAGAUUCUAGUUCAGAUUCCAGCUCAGAAAGUUCAUCCGAAAGUUCAGAUUCAGAAAGCUCAAACUCUGACUCUGACUCAAAAGCUAAAUCAAACAAGAGAUCUCAGAACAGUUCCUCCCCUAACAAAAAGCAAAAACUACACUCUUCAGAGCCCUCAGAAUCAGCAUCUGAUUCUUCCCACACUGACUCCUUAUCCUCAGACUCGAAACCAAAAAAAGAACACAUUCCAGCCAUUCUUGAGAACGAGGAAGUCAAAGAAGGCCAGAGAAAGCAUUUCUCAAGAAUAGAAAGAGAAAAAAUUUCCUUUGAAGACGGCGCCUUAACUGAUAAUACUUACAAAGGUGCUGCAGGAACUUGGGGUGAAAAGGCCAAUGAAAAACUUGGUGCUGUACGUGGAAAGGACUUUACCAAGAACAAAAACAAGAUGAAAAGAGGAUCUUAUAGAGGAGGUUCUAUCACUUUAGACAGCGGAAGUUACAAGUUCUCCGAUUAG